GUUGCCUCUCCCUCCUGGUGACAGUGCAGGAUGCUGAACGUUAUACUACCUUAUUUGCCACUGUUAUCCUCAAGUGUGACUAUAGCACCUCAGCACAGCUGCAGGACGUGGUUGUGACCUGGCGCUUCAAGUCCUUCUGCAAGGACCCCGUCUUUGACUACUACUCAGCCUCAUACCAAGCUGGUUUAGCUCUUGGCCAGGACCCAGCUGACGACUGCAAUGACAGCCAGCGAAAGGUGCGCGUUGUCAUCCAGAAAUACGGGCAGAAGGAGCCUGUGCUGGGUAUCGACUACCAGCAACGAAAGAUCACCAUUCAGAACCGGGCUGACCUUGUCAUCAGUGAAGUCAUGUGGUGGGACCAUGGCAUGUACUACUGCACUGUGGAAGCAUCAGGAGAUACCUCAGGUGAUCCGGACAAAGAAGUUAAGCUGAUCGUUCUUCACUGGCUUACAGUACUCCUCAUCAUUCUUGGUGGCCUCAUCCUCCUCCUGCUGAUUGGAGUAUGCUGGUGCCAGUGCUGCCCCCAGCAUUGCUGCUGCCACAUCCGAUGUGUCUGCUGCCCAACCCGGUGCUGCUGUAAUGAGGAAGUACUGGAACGGCAUCGGUUCUUGAAGCGGGCUCAGGCACUUGCACCCUGGAUGUCACCGCACAUGUUCUAUGGAGGGGGUGACAAGCACUCACAACUUUCCUCUUAUCAGCUGAACCCCCUACUGCAACAAGAUGUGUCUCUGCAGAACAGUCUUCCACUGGUGCAGCCACAAGCUCAGCUUUACCCUAACAAGGGUGUUUUGGACUAUCUGGAGUCUGAAAUCCAAAACCUUAACAUGCAGCAGCUUCGGCCACCAUCCCACCAGCGGCAGGCUGUGCAGCCCAGCCUACUGUCCUCCCUGGGCUCGGAGAUCAUGCCACCUCUCACGAAUCACAUCUCCUCUAUCCACGGGAGCAGCAACUCCUCACGGCCACAGAGAGCUGCUCGCACCCCCAGACCCUCGGACACUGCAGCAGAGGACAGGAGGGAAAACUGGAGGGGUCCCUUGCCUUCCAGUGUGGAUUCUCAUUCCAGCUACAGUCAGGACCCGUGGGACAGGCAGCGAGAGGACCAUCCUCAGAGGCAGAGGACAGGCGGCUACGACGACAGGCCCCAGCACUCCAGACGAGAUCUGACACCCCCAUGCCAGGCUGAGAGGGGGAAGAGCAGCAGCAGCAGCAGCAGCUUCUAUCCAGAGGAGGCUAAGGACCCUUCCAGCCACCAUCGUGGCUGGAAACAGGAACCCACAGGGAGGCGAGACUACCAGCACCACAGCAGGAGGAGCAAUAACUCAGGUCAGCGGCAGCACAGCUACUCUCCCCCUUCUCGCCGGGGGUCGUGGAGCUCCUCAGAAGAGCAAGUCCAUCUCCCAGCAACAAACCGCAGGCAGUGGCACCAAUCUCGGGAAUGGCCAGAAGAUAAACCCCCAAGUUAUCGCUCAUUAGAAGUCAUCGCAGGUCAGGACAAGAAACGCAAAGGCAAAGCAGGGCCACGCUCGGACAGAGGAAGUUCCCACAGUGGAAGAAGCAUUGUCAUUUAA